CCUACACCUCAAAAGCCAACCCUCCCCCUUCCUCUAACAUCCAACAUCCACAACCCACCACCACCACCACCAUGCCUCCCACCCCCGUAGUCACCGAACACAUCCUCAUCAACAACCACCGCAUCGCCUACGGCAUCCACAGCCCCCCCACCUCCACCUCCACCACCACUCCCACCCCCAUAAUCCUCAUCCACGGCACCCCCUCCUCAUCCCUCAUCUGGCGCCACAUCAUCCCCCCACUCACCACCACGGGCUACAAAGUCCACGUGUACGACCUUCUCAGCUACGGCCUCUCCGAACGCCCCUGGGACCCAAAAACCGACACUUCCAUCAGCGGGCAAGUACCUAUCCUCCUCUCCCUCCUCGACCACUGGUCCAUCACCUCCGCACAUAUAAUCGCGCACGACAUCGGCGGCGGCAUCGCCCAACGCUUCUGCAUCCUCCACCCGGACAAAAUCAAUAUCCUCUCCCUUACCUUAAUCGACACGGUCAGUUUCAAUAGCUAUCCGUCCGAACGCACGAAAGCCCAAAUGCAAGAAGGUCUAGAAACCCUUAUCCAGGCCCCGAAUGGAACCCAUCGGGAACAUUUCAAAGAGUGGAUACUUUCCACGGUCACAGAUACAGGAAAGAUGAGAAUGGAGGAGGAAGGGAGUUUGGAUGCAUAUUUAGAAUAUAUUUCGAAUCCGGUCGGACAGGCGAGUUUCUUUCAACAUCAGGUGAAGCAUUAUGAUUCGAGACAUACGAUGGAGGUGGCUGGGCGGAUUGGGGAGUUGGGGAGGGUGCCGGUGAUGAUUGUUUGGGGGAGGGAGGAUAGGUGGCAGGUUUUGCAGUGGGGGGAGAAUCUGAAGAGGUGUAUUCCGGGGGCGGAAUUGAGUGUUAUUGAUGGAGGGGGACAUUUUGUGAUGGAGGAUAGGCCGGAGGUGGUGGGGGAGGUGGUGCGGGGGUUUUUGGGGAGGGUUGAUAGGUAGCCCUAUGUAGGGUUGUAUGUAUGCUUUGUUUAGAUGGUGAUGGUAAUUAUUCAUGGAAUGUAAUUGCAAGUGAGAAAGAGUGUGAUUAUACAACAACUAGUAACACAACACAGAGCAGAGAUAUCCAUCAU